AUACUUCACGUUUGUAGCAUAAAUUUUUAGUACUGACAAUAGCCUAUAUGUGCGGAAGAAGUUGUGUAUCAUCAAUCAGAGAUUAAGCAGUCACAAGCAGAAUCGCUAACCUCACGCCGUAUAAUUAGAUAAUCGUCUUUGAUCAUCUCCUAACGAUGACCAGAUUGACAUAUCGACAUGCCUCGGUGGCAAUUGUUCUCGCUGAUCCUGCCGCAUACAUCCUUGGCCUCGGGGGUACGGAAAGACGCAUGGUGCACGCUGCAGGAUAUCGUAGGUGGACGGGAAAGGGCGCAGGCGCUAUGCACAAAAGCGAUCGUCAGUCGUCGGCGGAAGCUGAAACGCGCGGCUUCGCGGGGGCCGCAGUAAACGCAAACGUAGCCCACGGCGUGAUAAUCGCCGACGUAUACAUUGUGCACACAUUUUGCGCGCGCCAAUUAUUGACGAGAACCGUUCGUCACGAGCUCGCGAUAACGAUUCGGCCGCACGGACGGAACGUAUCAUGCCCCGCGAACGGUUUUUUCGCUCGUGCAGUGCAUCGUAGAUAAGGCCGACCAUCGGAAUCGAAUUAAAGAGAAAAGAACUUGCAGUUGAAUGCUACGCAUUGAGAACCGGCCUCGUGAAUGAACGCGAGAUGGACGUCUGAAUCGAAGCCGUCAUGGCCCCGUUUCUAUUGAUCCUGCCGUUGCUGGCAUCGCUGCGCUACCUGAUACAGCCGAUCGACUGCGCAAUCGAACGAGGCGGAUCGACAAAAGAGAACGACCCGGUCGACCCUCGCGCGAGGCCGAAAUUCAUCAAGGAUGUUUUAGCACAAACCGGCGGUAACGCGCUGCUGCCCUGCCAAUUCAACAGUCCUGGAAUAGUAACGUGGGUCAGGCGAAAAGACAGACAACUGCUCACAGUGGGUAGAAGCACACAUUCUAUAGACACGCGUUUCGUUGUCGCAAACGGUCCCGGCUGGAAUCUACUGAUUAAGAACGUCAAUCACGAAGAUGCGGGUCUUUACGAGUGUCAGAUCCAGACGGAGCCGAUGCAGCAGCGAUUCGUGCGGCUGAACAUCACGGAGGCGUACUCGGUAAUUCCGGGCGGACCGGAUCUCCACGUGAAGCAGGGCUCCAGCCUGCGCCUGGAGUGCCAGCUGAUGGCGGCCGCAGAAUUGCCCAGCUACGUGUUCUGGUAUCGCGAGGCGCGCAUGAUAAACUACGACAACGAGCCCGGCGUUAGAUUCGAGCUCAGGAGAAACGGCUCCGUGCUCAUCGUGGAGAAGGUGAAGCUCUCGCACGGCGCGAAUUACACGUGUUCGCCGAGCAACGCCAGGCCGGCUCACAUCAUGCUACAUGUCAUCGAGGAGGAGGAGAAACCGGCGGCCAUGCACGGAGGCGAUCGACGAAAUUCCACGACGGCUACGUCAAGCAACACUAUACUCACUCUCGUGGCUCUCCUGAUUAUCGAAAAUGUAAGACGGUACUUACAGAUUCUCAUCUGUCGCGCCACGUGACUAUCGUAAACCGACACUUUCGCAAAAAAAAAAAAAA